AAUACCACACCCUUUUACUUCAUACACCACACAAAAGUUAGAAAGAAAAAAACAACCAAAUAUUUCUCUUACCUUUAAACAUUUCAAAGUAUGAAGAUGGAAAUUGGGGAACUAUGGUCACAACUAGGUUCAAUCAUGGCUAGCAUAAUGUUUGUAUAUGCCAUGUUUGACAAAUUUUUCCCACCUAAUCUUCGUGUAUAUUUUCUAAAAUACACAAACAAAUUCACAAACUAUAUGUAUCCAUACAUCCAUAUAAAGUUUCAUGAAUUAUCCGGUGAACGUCUCAAACAAAGUGAAACUUACAAAAUCAUCCAAACAUAUCUUAGUGAUAACUCAUCCCAAAGAGCUAGAAGACUUAAAGCUGAAGUUGUCAAAGAUAGCCAAAACCCACUUGUCCUAAGCAUGGAUGAUAAUGAAGAAAUCAUAGAUGAGUUCAAUGGAGUCAAAGUUUGGUGGACUGCUAAUUACACCACCUCAAAAUCACAAUCAUUUUCUUACUAUCCUACUUCAGAUGAAAAAAGAUUCUUAACCCUAACCUUCCAUAAAAAGCAUCGUGAAGUCAUCACUACCUCUUACAUUCAACAUGUGUUGGAUGAAGGAAAAUCUAUUAUGAGCAAGAAUAGGCAACUAAAGCUUUACACAAAUAACCCUAGUAGUAAUUGGUGGGGGUAUAGAAGCAAAAAGUGGAAUCACACAACUUUUGAGCAUCCUGCAAGAUUUGGAACCCUAGCUAUGGAACCAGAAAAGAAACAAGAGAUUUUAAAUGAUCUUCUUAAGUUCAAGAAAGGUAAAGAGUAUUAUGCUAAAGUUGGAAAGGCUUGGAAACGUGGUUAUCUACUUUAUGGUCCUCCAGGAACUGGAAAAUCUACUAUGAUAUCAGCUAUAGCAAAUUACAUGAACUAUGAUGUGUAUGAUCUUGAAUUAACAACUGUUAAGGAUAACAAUGAGUUGAAGAGACUUUUGAUUGAAACGUCAAGUAAAUCGAUUAUAGUUAUCGAAGAUAUUGAUUGUUCUCUCGAUCUCACUGGGCAAAGGAAGAAGAAAAAAAAGAAAGAUGAUGAUGAGAAUGAUGAAAUGAAGGAUCCUAUUAAGAAAGCUGAAGAAGAAGAGAAAAAUGAAAGUAAGGUAACUCUUUCUGGUUUGUUGAAUUUCAUUGAUGGAAUUUGGUCAGCAUGUGGAUCAGAGAGGAUAAUAAUUUUCACAACAAAUUUUGUGGACAAACUUGAUCCUGCUCUUAUAAGGAGGGGAAGAAUGGAUAAGCAUAUAGAAAUGUCUUAUUGUAGCUAUCAAGCUUUCAAGGUUCUUGCAAGAAACUACUUAGAUGUUGAGACUCAUGAUGAUUUGUUUCCAAUUAUUGAAAAGUUGUUGGGAGAGACUAAUAUGACACCUGCUGAUGUUGCUGAGAAUUUGAUGCCAAAGUCAAUCACUGAAGAUUUUGAAAGUUGCUUGAAGAAUUUGAUUCAAUCUCUUGAGAUUGCAAAGAAAAAGGAUGAGGAGGAAGCAAAGAAAAAGAUAGAGGAUGAGGAAGCAAAGCUCAAGGCACAGAAAGAGAAACAGGAAUUGAUUCAAGAGGAAGAAAAGGUUAAGGUUGAUGAAAAGUUAGAGGAAAAAGUGAAGGAGAAUGGUGUGAAAGAGAAUGGUGUUAUCCAUUAAUUUGGAUUAGAUUAAUUUCAGUAAUUUAAAUCAUUUUAGUGUAUUCAUUAAUCUAAUCUAAAUAAUAUUUAGAACCUUUUAUGUAAAAGCAUAGUUUAGUAUUAUAUGUACAUCUUUAUAUAUUUUGUUUUGAUUAAGUCGUUUAGUUGUUUGAACUUAUAUCUUUAUAUAUUAUAA